AUGCCUGGUAGAGAUUAUCUUUGUAUUAUGAACAUGAAUAUAUGCUAUUCUAUUGAUAAAGGAUAUAGACCUUAUCAUGUUCUGCAAGAUCAACUUUAUAAUUAUAUAAGUUAUUCUGAGCAUAAGAGACGCCAAUU